AUGAACGAGCAACGAGAAGCGACCACCCUGGCCACCUCGGCACAGGGAGAUGGCCCAAUACACACCCAGAGUCAACCGAAACGCAUCCGUCUUAGUCUCGCCUGUAAUAACUGCCGGCGGCGCAAGGUAAGGUGCGACACGGAGCAGCCAAAGUGCCGCAACUGCUGGCUGCGAGACGAAGAAUGCGAGACGACCGACCCUCGGUACCCUGACGCCGGUGCGCUCAAGGUCCGCCGCUGGGCAACUGCGGAUGGUCUAAUGCCUGGUCAGAACCCGGCAGCCACGCAUCGAAACCAGGCCCACGUGCCGAAGCAUGGACCGGCGUCAUCUACGGGUACGCCCCAGCCUUCACCUUCAACACUGUGGCGCAGCAACGAGACCUCCGCAGCUGUGGCCGCCCCACCGGAGACAUCGGGCUGGAGUCCGGCUGUGUCGAUGGACACAAACACAUCCACGCGGCGCGACUCCAUCGCCAACACAACCGGCUGCGAGGCAAACACGAGUACGCCAGGCACGGCCAUCUCGUGGGUAUCUCGCGGCUAUCAGCACAGUGUCGACGCCGAGAAUGGAGGUCAAGAGCAUUGUGCUGGUCACGAUCCAGACCUGGUUGUCAACACUGACAAUAGCUCACAUCGUGUUAAGUACAUGGGAGGUAGUAGCUUACAGUGCCUAGCGGGCUUCGUCGACAUUUAUCUCCGACGCAAGCGGCUGAAGCUCGUAACGCCCAUCUUUAGGUGUGGAAUGCGCCACGUCGAGGAGGUGCAGCUACCCUUGAUGCUCUCAAUUCCCUCAUUGCCAUCGCAGCAGUUGUUGCGCACAUACCUGGAUACGUUCUUCGAUAGGGUCUGGCCGCUUUAUCCAGUUGUAAACCGUACAACGAUCGAGCAAGAUAUUCAACAUUUCCAGUCCCUGGAACAGUCAUCCUCGGGAGGCUUACUGUCGGCCAUCUCACAUGAUGACGUCCCGAGGAUUGUAAUUGUUCUUACCGUCUUGGCCAUUGGAGCUGAUGAAGGCUCUGAGGACCUCACAGACAUUAGCAACGCAUACCUUACCACUGCCCAUGGUCUCUUUGCACACCUAGUGUGUCUACCCUAUCUUUCAAGCGUACAGGCCCUACUUCUGCUGGCUGUUGGCCUUCGGUCACGAGCCAAGGAUGGACAGGCAUGGCAUAUCGUCGGCCAGGCUAUCAGGGUAGCGCAUUCCAUUGGCCUCCACAGGCAUAUCCGGAGCGGACCUGGCUCAGGCGAACCGAGUGGAGCCAAUGCCGAGAAUGGCUACAAGGCAGACCGACUUCUCCAAAGCAGGGUAUGGUGGUCUUGCUUCGCACUUGAGAAGCUGAUGGAGCUCGAAACCGGAAGGCCGUCAGCGAUCAAUGAUGAAGUGGUUGACCAGCCUUUGCUAAGCCUCGAGGUGUUGCCGAAUGAUAUGCAAGAUUUCUUCACGCCGUGGGUGUCGUUGUCGAGGAUACUCGGCCAGAUCAGUAGGCGUCUUUACAUGCACAAGCCGAGCAGUGCAUGGUCGCUUAUAUCAGAGAUCGGAAAGUUGGAUCAGCAACUUCUCGAAUGGGCGAAGGCACUCCCAGAGACUCUCAAACCAGGCCACGAAGCCAUCAUAUCCGAAGGGACGGAACACCAGCAGCACCUCUCCACCUUCCUUGCACUUCAGUACUAUCAGGCCCAGAUAUCUGUACUACGGGCUUCCAUCGUAUUCCCCAUCAAUUCGUUCACGAAUGAGGUCAAACACCUCGGCUCAAAACUACCGUCAUACAUGCGUCUGCUGCAGGCGGAGAGCAUUUGCACAGGCGCUGCCCGAGCCACAGUCAGGCAGGUCCUUGAGCUUGCUGACCACGGCAUACAUUCGAACCUCUUGUCCUCUGUACAACCACACCUAGCUGCCAUUGUCAUAUCAUUGCAUAUCUUAAGACACCCCGGCAAAAGGAUGGUACGAUCCGACAUGGAGCUUAUCGUAUCGGUAACGCACCAGUUGGAGACUCAGUUCCAGCGCAAUGGUCAGCAUCCAAAUUUUAUCAGGGGCUUCGAGACGUUGCGGGCAAGCGUGGCAGCAGCAGUCUAUCAGGGUGUCGGCUCUGCAAUAAUGCCUCCAAGUAACAAUGACGAGGUAUCGGGCCGGUCCGAGUUCAGUGCUAGCCUCAGCGCAGACUCCGCGACAAUGUUUUCUGAGCUCCCGGCGCCCGUGCCUGGAAUCAUGCUCGACAUGCCCUUUUUUGAUCUGGACAGCGAGAACCUGGGCCCUUUUGAAGAGUUCUGGAAUGCCAUAGGGCCAAUAUCUUUUGCGGAUUAUACUGACAGCGGAUAA